CGUUUGCUUGUUCCGCUCACAGGAGUGACAACUGGUUCGAUCACAGUUCUCAUACAGUUGUGUAGAUUCGUUCCCCUGUCAGUGAAGACUCGAGAUGGCCAGUGAAGUUAAACUAAAGAAGGAUGACGUUCUCAUAAAUGCUCUGUCGGAAUUUGUCAAUAUUGGAAGAAGCAUAUUAAAAGAGGCCGAGGAUGAAUGCAGCAAAGGACUUCCACAAGAAAAGGUCUCACAGACAAUUACCUCCAUGUUUGGUUUAAGCGUAGCAGCUGCUGGCUUUUUUAACAGCUUGUCGGUGAAGAAUAGGACUGAAGCUGAGCAGCUGUGGAAGACUGCUUACCACCAAGCUGAAGUACGGGACAUGGUUGAAGACUUGUUGCAGCUUGAGGUAGAAUGGGACACCUUCAUUCAGCGCCAGGACACAAAGCAGCAGACGACUGACACGCUGCUGGGGCAGGGCCCAAGGGCCGGAAAUUUGCCGGAGGACAUGGUCUUCAUUAAUGCCAGGACAGGGGGGACCGUGAAUCUAGCCCAGUACUUGGGGAAGGGCGAGAACCUGCUCCUAUUUCUGCUCAGACACUUGGCCUGACUACCAUGACGAGACCACCUGACUGAGCUGGAAACCAAUCAGGGUCUCCUAGAUGCUCAGUCAGUGCGGGUGCUGGUGGUCUCGUUUGAUUGUCUAGAGGCGGGUCAGUUUUGGCUGCAGGACACAGGCUGCAAAUAUGACAUGCUGCUGGACCCAGAGAGGAAGGUGUACACUGCAUUUGGCCUUGGCACGUCUUACAUCAAAGUUUACAACUUCAACAACUUGCUGAAGUAUGCAGAGUUCAUUGUGUUGAGCCGACAGUUUCCUGAAAGACCAAGCGUUUGCAGCAGCGACAUCUAUCAGUUGGGUGGUGACUUCGUCCUGGAUGAGGGUGGGAGAGUUAUCUAUUCCCACCCUAGCCGGGGUCCAUUGGAGAGGCCUGCGGUAGCGGAGAUACUGGCAAGCAUUGCAGAAGGACCCCGCCACUCAGGCUCGCAGCUUGAGUAACUCCUACUUUCUACCGUGUGUCACUGAUCCCUCGCUGGAAGAGCCUUCCCUCGGCUUGCGACUAUGAAGACGGGGCUCGAACUCACGUCCUUGUGAAGAGCCUUGUCCGAAACGCAACCCGCAAACCGAGGCCUCUGGCUCUUCCUGUGCUGUGAUCAGCCAGUGCCCUUUGCCUUUGCACUUUUGAUCAAAGCUUUAUCCAAAUCCAAAUAUGAACCUUUGCCUUCAUAUCUUCCGCGAUUGGAUUUCACAAUGAAUCAGAGUCCACUCAGAGGCCUUGAAGUGCAGUGUUUAUUUGUGUAUUUAUUCAAUCAGUAGAAGGCUUCUCUCAUCAGACAUUUUGCAGCACACUUUACUGUGAAUUGCUGUUGCAUUGAUAUAUGGAAUUGUAUAGCUAACCAUUGUGUGAUUAUCAAAUGCGCGUAAUGUUUAACCCAUAAUAACAGUCUUUUUAAAUUCCUAGAAUUUUAAGUUUGGCUUGAAAGAUUUUGCACAUUUAUACUUUGAUCAUAUUACACUAUCUAGUAGACAUACUGCACAUUUGGAAAAGUACUUUUUUUUAAAAACAAAAGUGAUUGAAUUUUUGUUAAGAAUGGAUAUUCAUGAAUAAAAUUCUCCUUUUGCUCUAUUA